CAGUUGACCAAAGAAAUGGUGAUGGAGAAGCCAAGUGCCCAGCUUGUCGGGCGAGAGUUUGUCCGACAGUACUACACCCUGCUCAACCAGGCUCCUGACUACCUGCACAGGUUUUACGGCAAGAACUCGUCUUAUGUACACGGUGGUCUGGACAAUAAUGGCAAACCAGCUGAAGCGGUCUAUGGGCAGUCUGAAAUCCAUAAGAAGGUGAUGGCGCUGAGCUUCCGUGAUUGUCACACUAAGAUCAGGCAUGUCGAUGCUCACGCCACCCUGAACGAGGGAGUGGUGGUGCAAGUGUUGGGGGAGCUGUCCAAUAACAUGCAGCCUAUGAGGAAGUUCAUGCAGACAUUUGUUCUGGCACCUGAGGGAUCAGUUGCAAACAAGUUCUACGUACACAACGAUAUCUUCCGGUACCAGGAUGAGGUGUUUGGGGACUCGGACUCAGAACCUCCUGAGGAGUCUGAGGAGGAUGUGGAGGAGCUG